UUCUAGAGACACUGAGCAUCAUAUGGCUUGAGACCAUCAGGAAUACACACCUUUAAAUAUGCCUAUGAACGUGUAAGAGGAGAGGACCAAAUAGGAGGAUUGCACUGAUUUUUCAUGCUUUUAACCAGUCUUCCAGGAAAAAAGCUUCACCUCUACACCACAGCAGGAGCGCAGAAGGGAAAGGCAAGCGAGAGGAGGGAGAGAGAGAGAGAGAGAGAGAGAGAGAGAGAGCAGCACUAGGAAAAAUGCUGUGCCAGAUUGAUCCUACUGAACGCGUAGGCAAGGAAAUACUGUCGUAUUCUGUUUCAAACAUGAUCUAGAGGGAGGUCUGAACAUCCUCCAUGCUUCUCGGGUACGGAUGCCCUUUUGUAUUUCCCCAUUUUUGUGAGCCGGUGCGGUACGUUUGGGGGCCGUGUAAUGUCUGAUUGAGUGUAUCAAUGCUGCUGCUGAGUGGAUCUCUGUGGUCGUGGAAAAAACUAGGCCUUGUUUGCCUGCUGUUCUCCACGCAGGGAACACCGAGCACGGCUGAGUGCCUCAGCCUGUUGGGACCGUGCAGAGAGAGAGAGGGAGAAGCUCACCAUCUGCAUGCCCGUCGGAAGCAGCAUGCUUAAUAGAGACAUCCAUUACCAAAGGCCGUGCACAGGCAGGCAGGGGCUAUAAUGCCAGGAUGGUAGCUAGUAAAUUCAUUUCCACCCCUUUAAAUUGUCUGGACUAAAAAGCACUGUUUUUUUCCUAUACUUACACAAUUUACUUGAAUGUUGCUGUAACACUUCCUGUCUCGUUUAUCAUAGUCUUCCUUUAUUUGCUCGCCAGUUGCUUUCUUCCACUUGACAUUCUGAAAAUUUGCCAAAACCUGUUUCAUGCAUGUCCACUGGAGGCAGGUUUGACUUUGAUGAUGGGGGGUCGUACUGUGGAGGGUGGGAGCAGGGCAAGGCGCAUGGCCGAGGGGUUUGCACGGGGCCCCAGGGCCAGGGCGAGUAUGCAGGGGCCUGGAGCCAUGGCUUCGAAGUUCUUGGAGUUUACAUUUGGCCCAGUGGGAACAGUUACAGGGGAACCUGGGCGCAGGGCAAAAGGCAUGGCAUUGGUGUGGAGAGCAAAGGGAGGUGGGAGUACAAGGGUGAAUGGACACAAGGGUUUAAGGGCAGGUACGGGAAAUUGGAAAGCACGAGCAGCGGCUCCUGUUAUGAGGGCACCUGGAGUAAUGGCUUACAGGAUGGAUAUGGCUCUGAGACCUAUUCAGAUGGAGGUACAUACCAAGGCCAGUGGUUGAGUGGUAUGCGUCAUGGCUAUGGUGUGCGACAGAGCGUGCCUUAUGGCAUGGCAGCCAUCAUCUUCUCCCCCAUGUGCACAUCCAUAAACUCGCUUCGCUCCGAUCACAGCGAAGGGGCCCCGACUCCAGAAGAUGGCUCUGGUGUCAGUGGGGUCUCCGGGAGUCCGGUGGGGCGCAGUGGCUUUGUACUUUGUGUCCAAAGUGAAUCAGACAGGCACAGGAAGAGGAAGGGGCGCUUCAGGCAGUCCAUACUGAGUGGUCUGAAGUUACGUAGGUCUGAAUCCAAGAGCUCUCUGGCCAGCCAGUUAAGCAAGCAGAGUUCCUUCUGCAGCGAGGCAGGUAUGAGCACCGUCAGCUCUGCCGCGUCAGACAUCAACUCCAAUGUCAGUUUAGGUGAAGUCGAGGCAGGAGGCAGCGUGGAUGCCACUGUCACAGAAACAUAUGCUGGCGAAUGGAGGAAUGAUAUGCGAUCAGGGUGGGGUGUAAGUCACCGCUCAGACGGGCUUCGCUAUGAAGGUGAGUGGUUUGGAAACAAACGGCAUGGCUAUGGCUGCUCCACCUUUCCCGAUGGAACCAAGGAGGAGGGAAAAUACAAACAGAAUGCUUUGGUGAGUGGCAAACGGAAAAACCUAAUACCACUCCGUACCAGCAAAAUCCGUGAAAAGGUGGAUCGUGCUGUGGAGGCUGCCGGGAAAGCUGCAGACAUAGCCAAGCAGAAGGCUGAGAUUGCAUUGUCCAGGAUGAGCCAUGCUAGAGGAAAGGCAGAGGCUGCAGAGGGAGUCGCACAGAGAGCUCUGGAGGAGUGUCGUCUGGCCAGGACUUUUGCUAAAGAACUCUCCCCCUCUUUCUAUCACUAUGGGAAUGGACUGGAUUGCCAGAGACCAAAGCAUCAGGACCGGAAAGAAAAAGACGUGGAGGUGACCUCCACUGGCACAGACAGUCUUGAGCUCUGCACGCCAGACACAACACCCCCAGCCCAGACGCCCGACCUGAGCCCAGUUCUGAGCAACCCCUCUUCGCUCCCUUGCAGUCCGCCUACUCAUCGCACCAGAAAUGCUUGCUUCAUGCGCCAGAGUGCUGUGGACGAACAAGGGGGCGCUGAGAUCCAGGUUCUCGUAGAAGGUAGAGGCACGGACAGCCUGAGAGGUGGAGCCAACAGCUGGACCACUGACAUGUAUCCUCACAGAAGGGGAAGCAAAGGGGAGAGCAGUCGAUCCACAACUCCAUCCCUACUGGAAGAGGACAUCGGUCACAUUAAUGGACAUGAGCAGAACUCCUCAGCGCAUCAUCCAUGGGAGAAUGGAUCCUCGAAUCACAAGCCCCUUGAGCAUAUGGCCCCUGAGAAAGUGUGGGAUCAAAUCUCCUCCAAUCAAAAGCCCCGGAAGCAUGUUUCCUUAAAUCAAAAAUCCAGGGAACAAACAAUUUCUAGGGAAAGAGACUGGGAUCAUACACUACCCAAUCAGAACUCAACUGUUGAGUGCGACUCUUCCAAGUACAAACAACAAGUGCACAUAUAUUCCAACCACAAGGGUCAUAAUUUAUCCAGUCAAAAGACCAAUGAGCAUGCUUCCACCAAUCACAAACCAAAGGACUUUAUUUCUACAAAUGAAAAAACACAUGUUUCCUACCAUUAUAACCCCCAAGAGCAUGUUUCCUCCUAUCACAAACAACACGAGCAUGUCCACUCCAACCACAAGCCAAGAAAGUCCUUCACCAAUCACACGAUCGGAGAGUCUAGCUUAAAUGCCUUCCAGCCGUCGGGCCGUGGAGCCAGCAACUCCACCAUGGGAUGGACUGUUGAAAACAAUUCCCAGUGGAUCUCAUCCCAUUCACAUGUGCAGGAGAAAGAAGGCGAAAACGAUUAUCGGGUUGAAAUGAAGUUCCAGCCCCUAGACUCCAUUUCUCAACAGAACUUUGGCUCUGGCAUGAAAUGCUCGAGUCUCCAAGGGCACAAUUUGCAGAGACUACGUCAACGAAACCACGAAGGCAAAAAAUGGGGUCUUGCAGCCAGGGAGGGGUCCAUGGACUCUGUGCAGAUGCUCGACACCUUGAAUGUCGGGGUGGAUGUGGAGGAAUGGCCUUUGCACAGGGAAAUCACUCUUUCACCCCCUUUAGCAUCCUCUCCAGAAACCCUGGACCAAGAUGUAGAGCAUCUGAUGAAGACAAACUCAGGCUCAAGCUCUGUCCUGGUGGUCAUGGUGAUUUUACUCAACAUCGGUGUAGCCAUUUUGUUCAUUCAUUUCUUUAUUUAAACAUAUGGCCUAUAGAAUGUCAAUAACAGCAUUGUCAUCAAGAUUAAGACAUGCACAGGAUGCACACUUAGCACCACCUCUUAAUAUAAGGAACCCAAAAAUUACAGUAGUGAAUAGCUGUGUAAGUUGGGGCAAGCCCAUGUAAACUUCCUUUAUGGUUCAAUUUAUUAUAUAAUUCCAUCAUAAUCCAUUAGUUAACUUUGCUUAUUUUUUUUCCUUGAUUCACAAAAAACAAAAAAACUAUUUACAAUAUUCUGUAGAACUAAAGUAUUACACACAUUUAGGUUGUUAAUAUAUACAGCUCAUCUGACGUUUUACCACAGAUUAUUUCACGUUUAUUUGCUUUCUUUUAAAUGGCACAUUAACGAUUAAUGGGACUAUGAAGAUUAAUGUACUAUGAAGAUAUAGUUGAUGUAAGAUGCAGUUCACACUAAAUAUAUAACCAUCAAGUCCAAGACUACACCCCCCCUAUAUUGCAGGGUACAGCCCUAUAUGAUCGCUGCAGACACUCAUUUCUUCAUCCAUUAAUCAACAACUCUCUCAUCUACUCACCCAGAUCUGGCACAUCUGUUAGUCUGUGGUAAAAGCUAUCUUAAAGGGCUUCAUCAUAGGACAUUUUAAUUACAGCAAACUCAGAUAAGCCUGCAGAAUUCAAUCUACACUCAUGAAUCUCUUUUAACGUAAUAAUCACUGAAUUUCAGCACAAUGCAAUCGUGUAGUUCGUUUUCACAUUCACCACUGAAAUGUCAGACUCACUAUUAAAGAAACAUCUUUCCUCUUACACGACAUGAUGCUAUAUGACAUAAAAGUACAAGAGAGGAGCGGCGGUGGUUUUUCCGGCUCAUAGUAUAUAAAGUUUGAGACUGUUACCUUUUGACCACUGCUUUCAAUAUGUAUUCUAUAUUACUGAACAGCUAAAGGCAUAGCUCACCCAAAAUACAUCCAAAAGUUUUUGGACGAACUAUCCCUUUAACAUCUUUUAACAGAUUUGCAAGAUAUUAUUGAUAUGCUGAGUGCCUUUUUAAAUUGAGAAACCAUCCCAGUGGGCAGUUUAUGUACAGGGGACCGCACAUACAGCGGUCACGUGAAACAUUUGGUCUCUGUGCCACGCCACCUUUGAACAAGUCGAGUUGGCUGAAGAUCUGAGCCCGUGGAGAUUUUUACAGCAUGUUUGUUCGCCUGUUCUCUUCUGCUGUUACUCUUCUGUGUGAUUUUCUGCCUGUCUCUCUGUCCAGCAACUUAGAUAACGAUCGGGACUGAAAGCAGUGUAAAAAUACCAGCUUAUGUUUCUCAGUGGGACCUGACUGACAUCAUCUAAAUUAAUUGAAUGAUAGACUGCUAUUGUAUAUUUUAUACUACUCUUCCAGUGAAAUCAUCAUGUUGUGAGAUCAUUGCAUGCCUAAGCAUGCCCUUUCUUACGCAAUGAUUUAUGAGAUUGUUUUCAAGUUAUGUGGAAAAAUUAAUAAAAUGUUUGAGGUUA